AUGAGAAGGCCAAGGCCGUGCCUUUCCAGCCUCACCCCCAAGCAAGACACUCGCAACAGAGAUUCUCAGCAGCACCGUCUCUUGAAGCCAAGGUCGGGGAGCCAAAGAGCUCCCAGACUCUAUGAGAACCAGAGGGCGGCAGUGUCCCUGACGCGCCUGUGCACUGCGGUGGUGACCCAGGUGCCCAGGGCAGUGCUGACCCGGCAGGAGGUGGGCACAGAGCCGAACACCCGUGUGUCUGUGUCAGAAGCGUCGUCCACCGUGGACGGAAUGUGA